GCAAGAUGCCUUCCAGGCUAAGGAAGACCCGGAAGCUGAGGGGACAUGUUAGCCACGGCCACGGCCGCGUUGGCAAACAUAGGAAACAUCCUGGAGGACGUGGUAAUGCUGGUGGUAUGCACCACCACAGGAUUAACUUUGACAAAUAUCACCCAGGUUACUUUGGCAAAGUAGGCAUGAGGCACUAUCACUUGAAGAGAAACCAAAAGUUCUGUCCUACUGUCAAUUUGGAUAAACUAUGGACGCUGGUCAGUGAACAGACAAGGCUCAAUUAUGCCAAAAAUGAGGCUGGACUGGCUCCAGUCAUUGAUGUUGUGCGCUCGGGCUACUACAAAGUCCUGGGCAAAGGGAAGCUGCCCAAGCAGCCUGUGAUUGUAAAAGCAAAGUUCUUCAGUAGGAGAGCAGAGGAGAAGAUCAAAGAAGUUGGUGGUGCCUGUGUUCUUGUUGCAUAAAAGCCUUUGUUUUAUUCAAAUUUUUUGAAUAAAGACAAUGUGUAAAAUGCA